CGUGGGUGAAGUUGCUGCUGUUUGUGUCUGUUUCUCCGCUAGCACGCGCCGCCCUCUCAGGCCUCUACGUAGAUAACGGCGUGGACCGGACGGAAAUGGCAAGGGCCCUGACCAGCAGCGAGCGACGCGAGGUGGAGCAUGAGAUCCUGAGCUUGCUGGGGCUCCCCAAUCGCCCACCGCGCGCCCCGCCUGGCAGUGCUGCACCCCAAUUCCUGCUAGACGUGUACAAAUCGCUACUGGACGCACCCCGAGACGACUUGAACCUCAGCGGUCGCGAUUUAAGUGCCAUAAAUGAGAGUGACGUCAUCAUGAGCUUCGCAAGCCGUAGCGAGGCCCACCAAAGUGGAUUGCGGCACGAAAGGGGGCGACGUCUCUGGUUCGAUGUGAGCGAGGUGCCAAUCGGGGAGCGCAUCGUGAGCGCGGAGCUGAGGUUAUUCCAGUCGGAAAGCACCACCCCGCAGCGGGCAACCGUCAGCGUAUACCAGCUAGUGGCAGAUGGCACCCGCGAGAAGGCCUUGAUGCUUGUGGACAGUGCUGCUGCUGGUCCUACUGGAGGCUGGCUGGUCCUCAAUGUGACAGGACCCCUCAACUCAUGGGUAGCCUUCCCGGAUUCAAACCUGGGACUGUACCUCUCAGUGCACCUGCCAGAUAAGCCUGCUCAUGAGAUCCACCCAGAAGACAUCGGGAUUGUGAUCUCGAAGGGAUCAGAUGCCAGCAGACAGCCAUUCAUGGUUGCAUUCUUCCAGUCAUCUGGACAUCGCACCACACACUCCCGCACGACACGAGAGACUCAGCGGCGUACCAAGAAGAAGCCUGAUACGACACCUGCAGAAAGCAGUUACUCGCCACACCCAUUCACAGAUUCAUCAGCACACUGGUCUUCCCGAAGUUGCCAAAUACAGACACUCUAUGUCAGCUUCAGAGACCUGGAAUGGCACGACUGGAUCAUCGCACCGAAUGGGUAUGACGCCUUUUACUGCAGUGGGGAAUGUAACUUUCCAUUGAAUGCUCACAUGAACGCCACAAAUCAUGCGAUCGUUCAGACGCUGGUGCAUCUGAUGAAUCCUUCGCAGGUGCCAAAGCCUUGCUGUGCUCCAACGAAGCUAUCGCCAAUAUCUGUGCUAUAUUUUCUGGAUGAGUCAAAUGUAAUACUCAAGAAGUACAAGAACAUGGUGGUUAAGAGCUGUGGGUGUCACUGAACAUGGGAUACAUGAGGACAUGUAGCACACAUUCUGUAUCUUUUUUUAUAUGAUGAACAAAACUAAAUGAUUCUAUUUAUGAAACUGGGCCUUACAAAAUGAUAACAGCAUCAGUCAGGUGUGAAGAGACUGUUCAAGUGAAUGCCACGAUUGCCGCUGGUUCAAGGAAGCGCAGAAAACCGGAAUACUUAAGUAAUGGAAACAUUACACAUAUAAUGGCCAAGAUGUGACGUAUUGUCUUACUCUUACCCGGUGCCCUACGUGAGCGAUUAAAUGCGAGUUGCGUGGGUGAAGCGGAAAUAUCAAACUGGCUGUUUGUGUGGCGCUGUCCUAGGUUCCAGCGAAGCGGUCAGGAGAGGGAAGCGGCCAAAGUCCGAGAUCAUAUAUUUUGAUAUUUUCGCGCGAGUCGCUGCACUGACCAGUAAGGUGCAUGUGCAAGAAAGCUCUGACCGUGCAGUACACGGAAGAUGCAUGCUCAGGAAGGCCGUGUGCUUCUAUUGCGGUCUCUCAUGUAGGACACAACAAGUGAUUCCCCGCUUCAUAUGACACCCCAUGCUUCUUAUGCAGCUUGCAUAGUUCGUUUGUUAUCGCUUACGUAGGACACUGCCUAACAAUUCCAACAGAUAUACUCAUAAAUUAAAAUACAGUCACAUUCAACACUAAGAUACAUACGAGAGGUCAAGAUUUACUUGGGUACUGCAGCAAGGACAAGAUAUGUUGCCGAAAUUUUUUCACUAAACAGGCCAACACAUAAAUGUUUAUCGUUAACAUUUCCACGGUGCAUUAUCAGAUUAAGAUAUACUUAUUUUCCAUCAACACUUCAACACAUGUAGUUCUUUUCCAGGUGCAUUUUGGUACAAUGUGCCUUCAUCAGGGCACGUUUUAUCACUGCCAGUAUAAUUGCAAUAUUAUGUUUUUUUCUAAGAAAUAGCACUGAAAAAUACAGAAUAUCUAAUAGCUGAAAAUACUAGAACAAAUGUGACAGGCGUCAAUUAGGAGAAGAAAGCGAACUUCUAGAAAAAGGUACAUCAGUAUGACACAGGCAUAACAAAACAGACGUGCUUACCGUGAGUGACCGACUUACUGUAAGGUGCUAAAAUGUUACAACAAAAUAAGACUGAGACUCAUAAUUAUCUCUUAAUACAAUUAAUAACUUACAUAUUUUAUUUUAAAGCUUAUAGCAAAACAGAAAAUUCUAUGGGCUUUGACUAAUGACAGUUUUUGUAACAGAACAUCUCAAACAAGAGAUACCAUCAUAUACGCAAGUAAUGAUAACCACCAACACAGUAUAGAUAUAACCGUAUAUGGAAUAUAAUCUUAACCAAUAUUGUAAAAUCCAUAUAAAGAUACCUUUCCUGUAUGUAACUUUAAACAAUAAUAGACAUACUAAAAGUAAGCAUAUUUCAAUAUUUUUAAUUUAUAUCAUUUUAAUGUUCAUCUGUAUUACUGAUAUGAUUUAAAACAUGAAGCCCAAUAUUUGAUUGCACUCAAAAUAUGGAACUUUUCUUGAUAUAGUGUGAUGCAGCGCACAUAUGACUGCAUGUUGCUCUAAAAUUCAACUCACAUUGUUAGCCUUAAUUUGUAGUGCACCUUGCUGGAUGGACUUAAUUCCAGGCAUUUAAAUAAAAUUAUGCAUCUUUAUGCAACAUUGUACAUAUCAUUUAAACCACUGCCUCUACAGUUAUGAUGUAAAUAGCAUACUCAUGGAAACAAAACAGAGAUUAGGCCAGAGAAUUUGUUUCUUCUUAAAAAAAAAUUCAUUCAACAGAUCACGAUUUUAAAUUACUUUUUUAUACUUUAUAUGUGACUAGCAAAGAGUUGCUACAUUUGUACACCACUGAAGACAUCUAUCAGGCUUUGAUGUAUAAGUUCAGUUUUGUAAGGUAAUCCUCAGAACAUGGAUAUACACACACAAUGCUUCCCGCCCUUACAUAGUCUGCUUAUAUUUAAUGCAUCACAUAGCACUCUGCCAUUUGUUUAUAUCACACACCACUUAAGGGUUAAAUUAUUGAUGGGAAAUAAAUACAUCCUAAUCUACAUUAAACCCAUUCGUAAAAAUAUUACAGUAACUACAGUAAUAUAUUGUUUGAAAAUAUAAGAAUUUGGUCUUCUUAUCGCCAGGUUUCCCACUAAAAAACACCUGACCCUAACACGAUGUGUUUUUGCAGCUUAUUAAAAGAAAACAGAAAUAAUUAAUACACAAAUGUAAAUGUAUUAUUUCCAAUAACUGCGGCUGUCUUUCUGCUUUCCUAACCAUGAAACAGUAACAGCGUUUAUACUGUAUAUACAAUCAUGACAGAAGGCCACAUCCUGCAAGAGUUUGAAAACAGAAUACUGACAUGGAUAAGUUUGAAAUUUCAUAUCUCCUGGUAAGCCAGAGAAUUAUAUAGAGCCAGACAUUUAGUUUGGAUGGAUGAAAUCAGAAAUUUAAAAAGGAAACCUCUUAUAAUGCUGAGCUGAAAAUGUAAGGGUAAUAUAUUGCAGAUUCACAAUGAAAGCACUGCUUGAAGUUUGCCUGUGGGGAGGGAAGAAGAAGAAGAAGAAGACAAAUCAGCACAAUCUAAUAAACUAGAAAUAAAAUUAUUUAAAAUAAAACAUUUAUAUAAUUUAAAUUUGUGAAAAUACAUAAAUUGUAUUAAUAUGUAUGACAACCAUAUCUGUACAAAUUUAAAGACUACUUUGGCCCUCUGAAAGCAAAGAAUCAUGGCUAUGCUGUGAAACUCGAUGUCAUGAUGUGGUUGUCCACUGACAUGAACACAUGGCCUGCAUCACUGUCAAAAAAUGUUAAAAGAUAUUCUUUGUUCAGAAGAACGUCUGAACUAAAUAUUGAUUAUUUGAAGCAGCGUUAACUGAAUGUAUUUUUUUAUUGAAUGCAAGGUUAUGUACUGGAUGACAGUAUAAAGAGUGUUAUACAUGAUCACUCAUUAGCCGAUUUAUAGAUGCUGGCCUAGGGGGUCUGUGGAAAACCUCUAUCAUGAUAGACAGCUGGUCUAAGUGAACUCUGUAUUUAUGCAUCCAUUUUACAUGUUACUCUCAACCUUUUGUGAUAAUCAAACUAAUUAAUAUGCAGGGAGUUGAAUCAGGAAUAAAAUAUUAAAAAACUGAA